AUGCGUUCUUCUACCGUCCUCGUUAUCGCUGCUGCCGUUGUUGCCCCCGCGCUGGUCUCUGCUCUUCCGACGCCCCAGAUUGGCUUCCUCGAUGUUCGACAGAUCGCCAACACACAUGGCGGUCAACGACCUGACGUGUCGCAUGAAAGCCACCAUGGUCUCCAUCGCACCAACGGCGGGAUGCAGCAUGAGGCGCUCGCUCGCCCGCAUGGUGAAGGCCGCCAACAUGGCAUAAAGCAAUACAAGGGCGCCGAACAGGAGCACCACUAUCCCAAGCAGUACUCGCAGGGUCACGCCGCCCGUAGCGCUGAGCAAUACGGCCAGCACUCCCAGAGCGAUGGCCGCCAGCAUGACCAGCACCGCUUCUCGCAAGGCCACGCCGCCGGAGGUGCUAAGCAAUACGGCCAGCACUCCGAAAGCGAUGGUCGCCAGCAUGACCAGCACCGCUCCUCACAAGGUCGCACCGCGCGUAGCGAUGAGCAAUCCGGUCAGCACCUCGAGAGCAACGGUCGCCAGCAUGACCAGCACCGCUUCUCGCAUGAGCAAACGGAAGGCGAGCACCACCGCUUCCACGGUGAGCACAAGCCCGAGCAAUCCGUGAACGGAACACAGUCUAGCAGUACCACCAGCAAAGUUGCCAGACGGGCUGAGUGGUACGGCGAACGCCUUGAGGGUCACGAAGGCCACCACAGCGAACACCGCUUCUCCCAAGAAGGCGAGCGCCACCGCUUCCACGAUGAGCACCGUUUCGCGAAGGAGAGCGAGCGCCACCGCUUCCAUGAUCAGCAACGUCUCGCCACAGGUGAUCACCACCAUUUCCACGGCGCGGAGGAGGCCAGCGGCCGCGAGCGCUAUAGUCAUUCUGCUCGUGAGGACCAGAGUGAGGCGAUCUCGCUCAGCGGCUUGUGGGAUGCGGCCAAGGACGUCUAUACCAUUGGCAAGGAUGGGUACGAUGCAUACGAGGCCGGCAAGAAUGCCUACAACAGCAUCAAGGGCAACUCCAGGAGGGAGAUGCAGGCUGGUGGCUACCGCAUGGGCGAGGGCCGGCCUCACCGCUUCGCUAAGGGCAUGAGGGAGGGUGGACACCGCUACGGUUCUUACUCGCAGCGACCGACUCACUCCUACUCUGCGAGCGCGGCUCGUCCCGAGGCUCACACCGCUCGCGCGAAUAGCGAAGCGAUCUCGCUCAGUGGGGCCUGGGAUGCCGCUAAGGACGUCUACACCAUUGGCAAGGAUGGUUACGAUGCUUAUGAGGCGGGCAAGAAUGCGUACAACAGCAUCAAGGGCAAUUCGAGGCGGGAGCUGCUCGAGCUCCUCGCCAGGGAGGCCGAGUCCGACGCCAUCUCCUUGAGCGGCCUCUGGGAUGCAGCGAAGGAUGUCUACACCAUUGGAAAGGACGGAUACGACGCAUACGAGGCGGGGAAGAACGCAUACAACAGCAUCAAGAGCUCACGUUCCUUGCUUGAUGAGCUGGACUGA